AGAAGAAAGAAAGCAAAAGCAAGAAAUCUUUCUUAUUCAGUGAGAUAUCGAAGCUUCCAAAAACAAUACCGGCUUGCUAUCUAUCUAUCUAAUAUACCCCGGAUUUCAUCAUCUCGAGUGUUCCACAUUUUCUGGAAAGAAAAGAGAGAAUAAUAACCAUACCCUUGGGAUUCAUUCGGCCCCCCAUCAUGGAUGUCUUUUACACCUACACCUACGGAACAGCCGCAUGGCUAUCCGUCCAAGGAUUCCUAUUGCUGGCAUCGCCCAAGAUGACGGUGACGAUGCUGUUAGAUGAGACUAGACCUCCGUCAUCGAUUGAAAUCUACCUUUCCCGAUGCUCCGGAUUGAGCCUCCUCACACUAGCCAUCCUGACGAUCCUUCUCACUGGAUCCGUCCCCCUAACAUCGACAGCCAAUCGACCCGUUACCACAAACGAUAAUGACCCCAAGGCGCCCUAUGCCGUGCCUACGAUGCUCAUCACCACUAUCUUCCAUGGAAUCAGCGGGUUCUACGCCUACACGUGGUUCACGACUAGUGGACAAGCGGCCUUUGCGCUGGGAAUGGCUGGAUAUGCGCUCGUGGGGGCCGUGGGACUUUGGUGUUUGCUUUUCGCAAGCGAGCAUGGGAAGAUUAGUCGGAAGACGGGAGUCGAUAAGAGGACGUCGGGGUUCCCGUUUGAGAAUAAGGAGGCUGAUAAGCGGUUUGAGUCGAAGAAGGGACUGUGAGGUUGGAUUUGGAGUUGAGGUCUUCUGACGUGAUGUCGUGGAAAUGGCAUGUGGAGAUGGAAUUACGGUUGAAAGGAAGGUCUCGAUCCGAUCCUACUCUCGAUCUAUCACUCCGUAUGGGGUAGUUAAAGGGGGAAAUCUGGAGAUCAUUUACCUAUGCGAUGCGAUGCGAUGCGAUGCCAUCCUGCAACUAGGAAAUAAUUACUAGAAGACA